ACACUGGUCAUGCUCUGAAUGCUGCACAUCUUCCCCGAAAUCAAGCCAUGUAACCACAGUAUGCUGUGUAUUUUAUUAAUCUUGAUCGUGUAAAAUUUAACACCUAUAAUAAAAUGGCCCUGGUCGCGAUCUGUGUGAGGCAGAAAGAGAGAAGGAAGUGAAUGUAACAAAGUGCACCAGACCGCAUUCUUCUCUAGUGCUACUUCUCACUCAUAUCGGUGGCUCUACAUCGUAAGACACCUGGCUGAAGGCGGUUUCUGAGCGCUCUCAUUGUAGCAGCACACCACAAGGUCGUGUGGACUCCAUGACACUCAGGAUGGUGACAUUUAAGGACUGAAAUUAUAUGAUGCUGAGCUCUUAUUCAGACCUCCACAAGGAAUGCAUGGAUCUGCCAGAACUGUCCACUUAGGAAAACAAUAUGUCCUCUUCUAACUGUACAGAAAACUCGAAAAGUGCUGCUCUGGACAGUAACCACUACAUUCUCAUUGGCAUCUCUGUCCUCACCGUUUUAAUCACACUUUUGUUUGGCAUUGUGUGCUUCAAAAAAUACCGAGCUCUGAAUAAGACUAUACAUCAGCUUGAACGGGUACAAUCCAUGGCUGUUCCUGCUCAAGACUCCUCUCCUCUUUCUCCCACAUCUCCUCAAUCUGUGUUUGUCAUGCCAUCGUUAGACACUUCGGCUGAAACACGGCAACAUAGACAGAAAAGCAAUGCUCGAUUAAUGUGGAGACCUUCGCAACAGAACUCACAGAUUGCAAGGACGGACCUGAACCUGAUGCAGCUGAUCAAAGCUGGGAGGGAAGGUGCUUUCUACAAAGCGAGGAUGUUGCGGGGAACCUGCAAAGGUCACUCAUUUGUUACCUGCAAGAUUGCAAAAGAAGGAGUCACUUCAAAGCAAAUGGAGACUGAAGUGUCUAUUAUGAGGAAGCUGGUGUAUCAUAAAAAUGUACUUCAGCUGCUGGACUGGAACAUGACUGAGGAGCCCUUUAUGUUGAUCAUGGAGUUUGUGAGCUAUGGGACUCUGCGCAGCUUUGUGCAGACACAUCAUGACAAGCUGAGUGCUGAUGCUGAGAUCCAGAACCUUUUUGCUAUCGCCUCCUAUCACAUCGCUCUGGCCAUGGAACACUUGCGCUCCAAAAUGGUUGUACACUGUGACCUUGCUUUGAGGAAUAUUCUGGUGAGCCGGUUCCCCUGGGAAAUCAAAGUGGCAGAGUUUGGUCUGGCCAAAGACUUGACUCGUAUGAGAAGUAGAAGAAGCACCACGAAAAAACACCAGAGGGAACGAGUGCCCUUGCGCUGGUAUCCUCCUGAAUAUUUCCGGAACAGCUACUACAGCUUCAAGGGGGACGUUUGGGCUUUUGGUAUUGUGUUAUGGGAAAUGCAGACAUUUGGCAGUCUGCCCUAUCCCAAUUUGGAGACUUCGGAUCAAGUGGUGUAUCACAUUUGUGCUGGAACCAGAAAUGUAGGACCUGAGAGCUGCAGACCAGAAAUACUGCAGAUAAUGAAAGACUGCUGGGUGGAGCCUUAUACAGCCAGACCAUCCUUUUCUGAGCUUGUCAGAACCUUGGAGAGCAUCAUUGAGGAUGAUGCGGAUUACGUGGAUGUUGUAGACCAAAGACCUACGAGUAUAGCAGAAGUCUGAAUUUCAAACAUUAUAAUCAAGUUGGAGUCUAAAAGCAUAUUAAGUCUUUAUCAGAGUCUUUUCCUGCUGUCAGGAAUCACCUAUUUGCACUAUCAUCCACUUCAUACCGGAAAACCAUGCAAUUUGAAGCUUUACCGUGCAUUUUAACAGACUGUAGACUCUUUGUGGUUCAUUUUAGCACUCCAUGUACAAAAUAAAAGUCUCCAUCAGUGACCUUA